GAUAGACAAGGAUGGGGAAGUCACCAGCGAAGUCAAACAAUACGGAAUACAAAACGUCAUGCGCGACGCGUCGCGCGAAGUCAUCUGUCCCCAAACCACUCCCUAACCUUGGAUGCUUUGGAAAAUUUCUCGAACUCCGUUUAAACUUCAGUCAAAACUGCUUUUCUAGCCCUUGUGCCAACCAUCAGCAGCAAUUUUCCAUUGUCAGAGCACACGCCACUGCAGAUAUGCCACCGAAACGCGCUGCAGCAGGGCCCUCCAGCGCCCCCAAAAAGUCCCCCGCAGCGCCGGCUGCUGAUGGCGCCGACAGCGCCGCCAGCUCCGCGUCUGAACCGGCGAUUCCCAGAAGCAAACGCUGGUCGCCUGUGUCAGGCUCGGCCAAUGCCGACGCCCACUACAAGUUGAAGAUGCAAAACCCCGUCACUGCAUACAGCUUCGUCUGCCUGUGCCAGCCGCCCUUCCCGAACGGCGAGGACUCCGACGAGGACGAGGAGGAGGAUGACGAUGAGGAAGAUGACGAUGAGGAGGACCGAGAGGCCGAGGACGGCGAGGAUGGCGCCAAAAAGAAGCGCUCUGUGUGCGACGGCGGCAAGACGUGCUUGUGCGACACACCCGCCUCGGAGCACCCCGACCACGUGUGGAAGAUGUCGGCCGCCGGGAAGCUGAAGUUCCUCAUCCAGCGCACCCACUUCGCCUUGCGGGACCCGGACAACUUCAGCAUGUACACCUUCAACGACCACUUGGGCUACGGCGUCCUGGAGAUGCUGCAGAACCUCGUGCUUGACUACGAGGAAGCUGCCGGCAACUACAAGGAGCAGUGGGCGGUCUGCGAGUGCCUGGCUUUCUUUCUCCAGACUGAGGGUUGGUGCGUGACUGGGAUUGAUGAUGGGGACACGGUCGACGCGACCUUCGAGCUCAUCGGCCGCCUCUUCAUGGCCAUGCUCGCCCAGCUGGAACGCCAGCAACUCUUGUCCAAGGACUCGGAGAUCAAGAAUCUCGGACUGGUCAUGGCCCUGUUCAUGGCUUGGGCACGGGGUGCAAGACAGUAUGGAUUGCUGGAGGACGAGAAAGAAGAAUCGCUGGGGCCGGCCAAGAACAAGAAAAAGUGGCAGCCAAGUUUUUUCGACAACCAGAUCCUUGCCUAUGCUCGGAAGUACGAGAUCGACCUGGUUGGUCCGCACGACAUCGACGAGACGGUUGCCGAAGCCCGUGGCGACGUGGCCCUGCCCGACCCGGAGUCUAGUAGCACGGCGAAGGCCGAUCCGUUUGGCUUCGCCAAGGCUCUGAAGAAAUAUAAGGUUGAAGCAGGAGGCAUUUCCGCGUUCCUUUCUCAAAACUACUCGAGCAACUCGCCCAUCGGCGGCGACAACCUUGACAUCACCACCUGGAGCAGCGCGGCCCGCAAGAGCAAGUGCUUUGACAAGAAGGACCCGCUCAGCAAAGCCGAGAUUGACGCCCUGAAGCAAGGCAUGGUCCUGACCCUGGGCUAGGCCGCCACUUUGCGUUGUACGAUAUGAGGUGUUUCAUGGAGCAGAGUCUUUGCGCGUCUAAGCUGUGGGGUUCAACUGUUGCUCUUAUGGACUUGUAAUUAUUGGAAAGAAACAUGGUCUUAGGUUUCGCAGGCCUUCCUUAUCGAGUCAGCUU